AUAGCAACUGUAACAAAACACCAGAAACCCAGCAAUGCGGUUAAUCAUCCUGGACGACGCCAACGUGGUGGCGGACUGGGCCGCGCGGUUCGUGCUGCAGCGCAUCUCCGAGUUCCAGCCCGGUCCCGGGCGGCACUUCGUGCUGGGCCUGCCCACGGGCGGCACACCGCUGGGCAUGUACCGGCGGCUUAUCGACUUCUAUAAGGAGGGCCGGCUGUCCUUCAAAUACGUCACUACGUUCAACAUGGACGAGUACGUCGGCUUGCCCCGCGACCACCCUGAAUCGUACCACUACUACAUGUGGAACGAGUUCUUCAAACACAUCGACAUCGAGCCCGGCAACGCGCAUGUGCUGGACGGCAACGCGCCGGACCUGGCCGCCGAGUGCCGCCGCUACGAGGAGCUGAUCGCGGCCGCGGGCGGCGUGCAUCUUUUUAUCGGAGGAAUCGGUCCGGACGGGCACAUCGCGUUCAACGAGCCGGGCUCCUCGCUGGUGUCUCGCACCCGAGUCAAGACUCUCGCCUACGACACGCUGGAAGCCAACAAGCGGUUCUUCGGCGGCGACAUCUCGCAGGUGCCGCGGCAGGCGCUCACCGUCGGCGUGGGGACCGUCAUGGACGCCAAGGAGGUGAUGAUCCUGAUCACGGGCGUGCACAAGGCGCUGGCGCUGUCCCGCGCCGUCGAAGAGGGCGUCAACCACAUGUGGACCGUCUCCGCCUUCCAGCAGCACCCUCAGACGCUGCUCAUAGCCGACGAAGACGCCACGCUGGAGCUGCGGGUUAAGACCGUCAAGUACUUCAAGGCGCUGAGCGAGGAGCACCAGCGGCUGAUCGCCGAGCUGCCCGUCGACAAGCAGAGCGUGCUGCACUAGCGGGCCCCGACCGGCCGGCGAGACACUCACGAGCCAGGACAGACACUCUAACAGACAACAUAUCAUGAAAGGAAAAACUUCACUCCUAAACUAUCUGAUCAACGGACAAACAAACAGAUACCGUAAAGGGCAGUGAAACCUCACGUCUUUAUGAUGAGUUUAAAUCGACAAUUACUAAAAUUUUGAAGGCAAAACAAUGUAUUGAAUGGUAUAUGUAUGUAGAUGAUAGGGACGCUGGAGGAAGCUUCUGUUUGGUCUGGCUUUGUCCUUGCCUACAUUCCAAAAUGAAAUUUGUUGUUUUCUUAAGUGAUUGCUCUGUUUCUUCAGUAAAUUGCAUGCCUCUGCCCAACACACUGUGGUAAUAGAUGCCUCAGACUCAUAUUAUUAAGUGUGCAGCUUUCUCGUCCGGUUUUUGCGCUCUUAUACCAUUCUGUUUGGGUUUAAAAUAAUAUACAUAUGUUGAGCUUUCGUUUGGAUAUGCAACAUUUAUGUUUUUAAUUUUUUUUUUGUAAACAUACAUAUCGACUUAGGUACCUAGGUACUAUUUUAUAACAGAUUCCAGAUAUUAUAACAACAACCGUCUGAGAGGUCAUCAGUAUAAGCUGAUGUCCCGCAGGUCCUACAAUAAUCCUCAUAGACACUUCUUCAGCAACAGAGUGGUCAAAGCUUGGAACAAACUCCCAGAGGACGUAGUAUCGGCCCAAAGUGUCAAUGAAUUUAAGAAUAAACUAGACAAGCACAAUGCAAACUCUACUCAACACUGAAAACUCGAUUGAUGGCUCUAGAUACAGGCAUUAUCAGUUAUUUCAACUGCCUGCCUGCUUCACAAAUAAUAAUAAUAAUAAUAUCCCCGCAGGGCAG